AUGCCCGCCUCUUUCAAUGCUUUCCUCGUAGCUGCCCUUUUGGCAUUCCAGGUCGUUGGAAUUUAUGGUGAAAUCUACACCGGGGUUGCAGAAAUUCCUCCAUUCAACGGAUCUUGGCACCUAUGCAGUAGUAUCAACACCGACUAUAUCAGUUUUUCGAUGAGAGUUUUAGAAGAUCAAACAACUCCAUUAACGCAAGAAUUUCCCGGUAAAACCCUUGAAGGUAGACCGCCAAAACCAUUACCGAAAUACAAACCUGCAUUAUUAGCAUUUCAACUUAAUUAUGAAAAUGUGGUAAAAUAUUCAGAUACUGUCAAAGAAGUUUCUAAAUUUGCAUAUAUCCCAUCAUUGUCAUGUUAUGAAAAGCCCAUACAACAAUGUGAUCAAGACGUAGGUGACAUACCUUUGCAAUUUAAAGAAAGUCAAUGUCUUUUAUUGCAAAAUCCAUCUGGUGUUCCCGUUAGAUUUAAUUUAUCAAUUUCUUUUACCGAGACCGUAUUCAGUCAAGAAUUUACUAGUCCUGCUAACCCUGGUGCAAUACCACACAUCGUUAAAAAAAAGAGAAAGAAAAAAAGAGAUCAUCGAAACAAGUCAUUUCCGUGGGUUUCUACCCUGCGCCUUGAUUUAGGAGUAUUACUGGCCUUUGAUUCUGGUGAAGGAGGAAUUGGUUAUGUUCCUUUAUCAUUAGAUGAAAAAGUUGGCAAACUUUUAACAUUAAAUUUUCACCGCUAUAAUCAGGCAUUAAUGGCAUUAAUGGAAAUGAUACAAGUUAUUGGAGAGCUUCAUAUGUCUCGCCGCUGUAAUGUGUUAAAUAAUAAAAAGGUAGAUGACGUGUCUUAG